UCCCAGAGGCCAAAACUUCAUACCCCUAUACUCAAGAAGAUGGCAGAAAAGCAAGAGGAGCCCAGCAACGCCCAGAAUGGUGAACCUGACAACGCAGAGGAGGGUGAGGAGAAAAAGAAGAAGAAGUUGAAGCGGGAAGAUCUGCCACCAUUUGAAAUCGUGACAGGGGAACGCCUCCCAGCCAUCUUUUUCAAAUUCCAGUUCAGGAACGUGGAAUACAGCUCGGGCAGGAACAAAACCUUCCUGUGCUAUGUCUUGGAGACCCAAGGGAAGGAGUCGGUGACCUCUCGGGGUUACCUGGAGGACGAGCACGCGGCUGCCCACGCAGAAAUGGCUUUCUUCAACACCAUCCUGCCCAAGUGUGACUCCAGCCUGCGCUACAACGUCACCUGGUACGUGUCCUCCAGCCCCUGCGUGACCUGCGCCGAGCGCAUCACCGAGACCCUGCGGAAGAACAAGAACCUGCGGCUGACCAUCAUGGUAGGGAGGCUCUUCAUGUGGGAAGAGCCAGAAAUGCAGGCGGCCCUGAAAAAAAUGAAGUCAGCUGGCUGCAAGCUGAGGAUUAUGAAGCCUCAAGACUUUGAGUAUGUCUGGCAGAACUUUGUGGAACAGGAGGAAGGAGAGGAAGCAAAGGCUUUCGUGCCGUGGGAGGACAUUCAAGACAACUUCCAGUAUUACGAGGAAAAGCUGGCCGAGAUUUUGCACUGAAGCUCACGACCAAUUCAGAAAAGAUCUAUGAAGAGAGAGACAACAGACUUGGACAUCUGGGACACUCCUGCCUCCCAAAGCUUUGAUUCCAGCAGGAUGGACUACCAACUUCUGGAAGACUAGGCCCUGAUGGACUACAAACACUUAUACAACACAGAUCUUUGGUGU